CAGUAUUACGACGCACUCGCAGCGAAACGAUCGCAGAACCGGUACCUUAGAGCGGAAGAUAUAGAACACAUUUAGACAGUGACAUCAUGUGCAAAAGUGCGAUCAUCUUCCUGGCCAUCGUGGCCGCCGUUGCCUCCUUCUCGCAGGUUUUGGCCCAAAACGCGCAAAGCUGUGCUCUAGCCACUGGCAUAAACUUUAACCAGACCGCUUUCAGCGGCCAGUGGAUCGAGGUGGCCCGCAAUCCCGCCUCGAACGUGUCCUGCAUUACCCUUAAUGUGGCCUUCUGGAACUACAACUACUUGCUGGUCAAUGUCAGCCAUACGAGCAACGCCGCCUCCACUUUGGUGGACGUCUAUGAAACCGCGAACAUUACCCUGCAGGCCAACAACGUGGCCGGAUACAAUGUGAGGCUGGUGAAUGGCCAGAAGCAGGAGUACGUCUUCGUGAAGCUGCUGAGCUACGUGAACUCCACCUACCUGGUGGGAUGCACUUACACGGAUGCCAACAACGCAUCUACCAGUGCUGGCUUCAUUCUGGGCAGAUCCUCCUACACUCCUGAAGGCGUGAAGAUUGCCAACAACGAUGCCUCUGUGUCCUUCAGCAAUUUCCAGAACAACACCUACGGCAAUGUCACUCAGUUGGGUUGCCGUGCCAGUUCCGCCGGACAGACUGUGCCUUUGACCCUGAUUUCUGGCUUCCUGGCCUUUGCCCUGUUGCUGAUCAAGGCCUAAAGAAGGAGAUGUAUCCAAGUGCUGCUUUGCCUAGCCACCAUAAAUGCAAAAAACUAACAAUAUCCAAUCACUUGCCCAAGUUAUUGCGUCAUUCUCUUUAUUUAGUUUGUAGUUGUCUUUAAACACCGCGCUCCAGAAUCGAGGCAAGGCAAAACGUUGUCAAUAAAAGUAAACCGAAAUGGGUGAGGGCCCAUUAAAAAAGCCCCCACUGAAACGAA